AUGGCAACUCCCGACUUGGAUUCAAACAGCAUUACCGGGGAUGUAGAAAAGAAUAACAGCUUCGGGGCCUCUGUCAGGCCCCAGGGCCAGCCCGUCAUUGUCGCGGAUAAGCUGUCGCGCAAGCUAUCGGCCCGCCAGGUGCAAAUAAUUGCGAUCGGAGGUACCAUUGGCACAGGGUUGUUUCUGGGAACGGGGAAGUCGCUGGCGACCGCUGGGCCAGCGUCUAUGCUCAUUGCAUAUGCGCUUGUGGGUGCCAUCGUAUUCGUCACGAUGUUGUCGCUGGGCGAAAUGGCGGCUUUUGUGCCUAUUGCUGGAUCGUUUUGCACUUAUGCUGGGCGAUUCGUUGAUGACGCUUUCGGUUUCGCCCUUACGUGGAACUACUGGUUUAAUGAUGCUGUGGCCACAGCAGCGGAUCUUGUUGCGCUUCAGAUUCUGUUGAAGUACUGGUCGGAUAACUUUCCUGGCUGGGCGUUCAGCUUGAUUUUCCUGUUCGUGCUUCUUGCGCUCAAUAUCGUCACUGUUCGAGCGUACGGAGAGAUCGAAUACUGGCUCAGCCUUUUGAAAGUUAUCACCAUUAUCAUAUUCAUUAUACUUGGAGUCGUAGUUAACUGCGGCGGGAAUGUCGAUAGACAGUACAUCGGUGGGAGGAAUUGGCAUAUUGGUGACGCCCCCUUCGUUGGUGGAAUAGGUGGAUUUGCCUCCGUUUUCGUCACGGCUGCAUUUGCUUAUGGUGGGACCGAAUCUAUUGCGGUAACUGCAGGCGAAACGAAAGAUCCCUCCGUGACUCUCCCGAAGGUGGUGCGCAACGUCUUCUGGCGCAUAUUAAUCUUCUAUAUACUGGGGGUGUUGAUUAUCGGCCUCAACGUCCCAUACACAUACCCCAACCUCUCCAACAGGGAUACUCAUACGAGCCCGUUUACUAUCGUUUUCCAGCAGGCCGGCAGCAGGAUAGCGGGUAGCUUCAUCAACGCAGUGAUCAUGACGUCCGUUAUCUCCGCUGGCAAUCAUGCUUUGUUUGCAGGAUCUCGGAUUAUGUAUGCACUGGCUGUGGAUGGCCAUGCUCCUGCCUUUUUGGGCAAAUUGAAUCGACAUCGCGUCCCCUGGGUUGCAGUGCUUGCCACCUCUGUUAUCAGUGGGCUCUGCUUUGGAGCUAGUUAUAUCGGGGCUGGACAGCUAUGGUCCUGGCUGCAAAACAUCGUUGGUGUUUCCAACCAACUGUCUUGGAUGUCUAUUGGCGUUGCCUCGAUCCGCUUCCGUUCCGCAAUCCAGCGGCAGAACUUGGAGCAUCUUCUCCCCUUUAAAAACUGGACUUACCCGUAUGGCCCGUACGCCUCUGUGAUUCUCAACGGCUUCAUCAUCCUGGUGCAGGGCUGGUCUUCUUUCAGCCCCAAAUUCAACGCCGUUAAUUUCGUCAGCUUAUACAUCCAGCUACCAGUCAUGUUGAUAAUUUUUAUAACAUGGAAGCUGGUCAAGGGGACGAAACUUGUUUCCCUGAAGGACAUGGACCUGCUCACUGACCGGUACAACAAUGGCGUCGAAGGAACUAGUGCGGGGGAGCUACAGAAGAGGAAGCGAUUUAGAGACCAGUCCUUCCAAGAGAAAGCCAAGACGAUUGGAAUGUGGUUUGUAUGA